AUGCCAACCAAAAUCCUGCAGUCCAUCCCCAAGGAGAACUACAUCGACACAACUCCGGGCUCCCUGCUUCGGCCGGGAGUUGAUUCGGCGGACAGCAUCCGAGGGCGCUUCGAAAAGGCCAUCAGAGCCGCCCAGGACUCCAUCUGCGAGGCCAUCUCGGCCGCAGAUGGCACCCCCUUCAGGCAAGACGCAUGGACGCGGGAGGGCGGCGGCGGCGGCAUCACGCGUGUCCUGCAAAACGGGAACGUGUGGGAGAAGGCGGGGGUCAACGUGAGUGUCGUCUACGGCAGCAUGCCCGUCGAGGCCUACCGUGCGGCUGUGGGCCACGACAUCAGCGGCAUCGAGAAGGGUUCGCGCAUACCUUUCUUCGCGGCGGGCAUCAGCUCGGUGAUGCACCCCCACAACCCCCAUGCCCCCACCAUGCACUUCAACUACCGUUACUUUGAGACGGAGGAGUGGAAUGGCAUCCCCGCCCAGUGGUGGUUUGGGGGCGGCACCGACAUCACCCCUAACUACGUCGUCCCCGAGGACAUGGCCCACUUCCACGGCACGCUCAAGGGCGUGUGCGACCGGCACGACCCCGAGUACUACCCGCGCUUCAAGAAGUGGUGCGACGAGUACUUCCUGAUCAAGCACCGCGGCGAGACGCGUGGCCUGGGCGGCAUCUUCUUCGACGACCUGAACGACCGCCCGGCGGAGGACAUCCUGGCCUUCAGCACCGACGCCAUGAACGCCGUGGUGGAGGCCUACGUGCCCAUCGUCACGGCGCACAAGGACGACGCCUUCGACCCCAAGCAGCGCGAGUGGCAGCAGGUGCGGCGGGGACGGUAUGUGGAGUUCAACCUCGUGUACGAUCGUGGCACCACCUUUGGCCUCAAGACCGGGGGACGCAUCGAGUCCAUCCUCAUGUCCCUGCCCGUCACAGCUUCCUGGCUGUACGACUACGUCCCGGCAGAGGGCUCCCCCGAGGCCGAUUUCCUGGAUGCGACCAAGAAGGCCCGGGAGUGGGUGUGA